CGUACCGAUAGCCGCUAUAAACGAACCAUCACUACGCUGCUCAGCGAUAAGUCAAUAAAUAUUCAUGACAUCAAAUAUCGAUCAGCCAAUCACACAACGGUAUCGCACGCGCCCUGCCUCCAGAAUCGCAGCAUCAAUGUCUCCCUGAAUCUUCCCUUUUAAGGAUUAUUUCUGUUAAUAUAAAUUGAACAAGAGUGGAGAUAUUUCUAUAGAGACAAAUUUCAUCUAGUUAAAAACGACAGCUUAUUAUGGAUGCGCCACAUGUUUCUAAUACAUUGGAUAUGCCGGACCAACUUAGUCACGGAACUACUUCUGCAGGCGGACAUCUUAGCCCAGAAACAAAUGACGACGGCGAUAUGUACCAUCAUGAUCACGUGUCUUCAGAUCCCGGCGGCGACGACAAACCGUCAAAACAGAAAAGGCAUCGAACACGGUUUACACCGGCGCAAUUGAACGAGUUGGAGAGGAGCUUUGCUAAGACGCACUAUCCGGAUAUAUUUAUGCGAGAGGAGCUAGCUCUUAGGAUCGGACUUACAGAAUCUCGCGUCCAGGUGUGGUUUCAAAACAGACGAGCUAAAUGGAAGAAAAGGAAGAAGACCACCAAUGUAUUCCGUACCCCAGGGGCACUGAUGCCCACGGCGGGGCUUUCACCUUUCGGCGCUAUGAAUGACCCUCUGUGCUCCCUGUAUCCUAGCGACACAAGAUGGUCAUCCCAGAUGGGACCACCUAUCAACGCAAAUCAUCUCGCCUUCUCCACUUUGCCGAGGCAAGGAAUAUCUCAGGCUUUUCCGGGCCAGAUGUCAGGUUUUGAUCACAUGAAUGCUGCCGCAUCUUUAGCCAACAAUAUUUCAAUGACAAAUGGCUCGCCCUCAGUGUAUAACACAAAUUAUGGACUUUCCCCGCAGACAUCUGCAACCCCUUCGCCGCCUACCUCGAUCCCGAAUUCACAGAUGACGUCAUGUGGAAUUCCGGAUAUAGGUGACGCGUGGCGUGGAACAAGUAUAGCGUCGUUACGCCGAAAAGCGCUUGAGCAUUCAGUGUCUUUAACUGGUUUUCGGUAGAAACAUAUAUUUUGUGUAAUAGCUUUGUAAAUUAUUGAGUACAUUAUUGUUAUACAGCCCGAAUGGUAUUUUAAGACGAUAUGAACAUUGAGUUAACAUCAUAAAGGCAACGGAAACAGUACACUUUUACUUAUCUUACCCGUUAUGUACUACAACAGCCAUUCAUGAUUAGUGUUAAAUUACUUAAAAUUUUCAAUAAAAACUUACGGUAUUUAUUGAGGACAGAGUGUAAUACUGAAGUCAUUAUUUGAUUGUUUCUAAGCAUGUUGCUUAUGCUUUUCUGAAAUUUCAUAUUUAUUUUUCCAUGUGGCUCCAUUUGCAAAUAGUACUAACUAGCAAGCCAUUGACAAAUAUGUUAUCCCCAAUUAAAGUUGUUUUUUUUUUGUUAGAAGUAUUUAUUUAACCGUGAAAAAGUUGUCAAAUGCAAGGAUAUUGUAUGACAUUAGAAUUUUUUUAAGUCUAAUGAAAUAAAUUCGGAUCCACGACUUGAGCUGAAAUUUAGAUGUUAAGCACACCAUAUAACACAGCAUAUAUAAAAGCCAAAAUCUUCAGUAUUUACCUUUAAAAAUGAAAAUUAAAUGAAUUGAUUUAUUUCCAAGUUCUUCACCAUACAGUUAGUUCAUUGUUCUUUUUAACUAGUGGCAUACUAUUGGUAAAUACCAGGUGAAUUGACUGAUCUCUGGUACUACAUGGUAGUAGUAUAUCUUUAGUUUCAUCAAUACAUGUAUUACAUUAUCCGUAUUUACAACAAUAUAAAUGGAUAUUGCUACUCCAAAUUGGAGUAACAUAUGGGACUUUUACUUCGCGAAGUAUCUAUAGCCUUAAAACACUGUACUCCUACUGAUUAGAAAGGUUUCUUCAGUUUUUAUGUUUUAUAAUAUGUAUUAUUAUUUAUAAUUAUGUUUGCACAGUAUCAUGCUUUCCAAUUCAAAGAAAAUAAAAAUAGUAUAUUUUUACUAUGUAUCAGAAGAAAAUUGAUAUUCUAUUCAAAAACAUAAGAUUUUAACAAAAUUUCAAGCGAGUUGUCUCUGUUCGUCAUUUUGUACUUACACGCUGAUUUAGUCUGUAUCGGAUAAAAUGUUGUCUGCGUAUUGCAAAUGGCGUAAAAUGAAAAGGGAAACAACUCUUGUAUUUAUGUAACAAUAAUGAAAACACUACGCUUUCAAAUACAUAUGUAUUAUAUAGUUUUCUGUGUAACUGAAGUACUUUACAUAUCAUAAAAGUGUUUGUUUUACAUGUGUUUUGCGUGGCGAUAACUUUUCAGCACAGCAAGACUUUUCGUUAGUAAUAAAUUGAGUAGAAAAUAAAAAUAAAUAAAAAUAUGUUACUUAAAAUUGAAAUUCAAAUUGUAAGGACUUCCACUUUCUAAGCAAAAGAUAUGUUAUCAUUUAAAUACACAGUCGUUUGUCAGAGAAGUAUUCUUUCACUGUUUCGAGAUGACUUACUUUUGUGUAUAAACUGAAUUAACCUGAACAACAGUAUGUAAUUAUACAGUGCCAUGUGGCGGCUACGUACUAUAUGGUAUAAUUUCCUGUCCGUUGAAAUCAUGAAGUUCAUUCAAUGUUCGUCAAAUGUAAUAUAAUUCCAAUAAAGUCGAUGUUAGGGGGCAUGAUUCAUGGGUGUAACACAUUUCAUUACCUCUCGUGAUCAGACUCAAUGAAACCGAGGUUGCCAUUAUUUAGAAGGGCUUGUGUACUAUGCUUUUAAAUUUUGUUUACUCAGACGUUUUAAAAGGAGAAAAAUCAAAAAUCCUAAUUUGAGGCAAACGGUUUUGUCUGCGAUUAGAAGCCUUUCAAAUAUCAGCUAAGCAGACUCAAGCAGUGAUACAACUUAUGUCUAAAAUAUAAAACUGCCUGUCACGGGAGGUAAUUCGUGCUGGACUACAAAUAAAAUACUUAUAUGUAGUCGUUGCAUGUUGUGAUAUUGUGCCAUAUGACGGAGUUUAAAUUGUUUUCUUACCUUUUAAUGAGAAAAAUGUUUCAUUUGAAAAUUAUUAACAUGAUUUAACAGAAAAUCGAUUAGUGAGGUGUCAAAAUUUGGUAGCUUUUAUACUAUGUUUAUUGAUGAGUUUGAAGUAGAUCUCAAACCUUGUUUAGACGAAGGGGCUGUGCUGUGUCGUAACAUAUAUCAUGCCGUCUUGUCACUGAUUUUUGUUGUUUUGAUGAUAUUGUUCUGAACAUAUUUGUACCAUGAUAUGUUUGCAUACAUGCAUAACACUUUGCACGAAGUAGAUUGUUUUGUUUCAUAUACACGUGUACAUAAAUGACCUUUUAUUCUGCACAUGUACAUUUGUGUACAUUAGUGUAUGAAUAAGUAAAAUGCCUUGUAGUACAAAAACUACAAAUUUGUAUACGACUGCAACAAUAAGUUUAAAUAUUCUGUACUAUGAUAUAUUUUUUUUAAUUUAAUUUAUAUUUUUAUCUUCCCUUGGUUCAAAGUCUGGUCACUUUUCAGAAUGCAGUCUCAUUUUUACUUUUCGGCUAUUCUUAGAAUCUGAGCCGAACAAAAAUAAGAUAGAUUUGUCAUUAAAUUGAAAAAGGUGUCAUUUAUUCAAUUGUAGGACAAAUCUAUUUUAUUUUGUGCUACCCAGAUUCCAAAAAUAACCGAAUAGUAAAAAACGCUGUUCGUGAAACACCUUACUCGAUCCUAAGUUAUAACUUUGUCCUAAGUGGACUUCGUGAGACAGGCCCCGGGUGCUUGACUUCCGGGAAUGGCCAUCAACAUGAUUUAUAACGUUUGACCUUUCGAUAUUAAAUCAGCUGUAUCUACAUAUCAUCCUUAUAAAUUUUCUUCUAUCGUCCCAUUGUGGAAUCAGUACCACAAGGAAUAUUUAGAAUUUUUGGUGGGGUCGCAAUUUCUAGAGGAGUGCGGGAAUAUAACCCAUUGGAAAAAUGGCAUGUAUAUCUCAAAUGGUGAAAUCUGACGUACAUUUGAAAAUCUUCCUUUAAAGUUGUAUAUUUGCAAAACCCCAAAAGAUUUUGAUUUGACUUUUGUCCGUUCCCUUCACUUCAGCAAUUAUAAAUACUACUGAUUCAGUGUUUUACGAGGGAAGUUAGCCAUGUUUUGUUUUAUACUAUGACUUGUGUUUCCAAAUUUGGGCUAUAAAAAUGUGUUUAUGGGGGAGUCGAGUGCACCCCCAAUUGAAAUCGCUUUUGGUUACUGCACACAAAAUAGGCGCCAGAUUGCGAAUUGCCUUUGCUACUGCAUUUAAAAAAGAAACAAUGUUGUAUUCAGAAUGUUGUGCCAUGUAUGUAACAGAAAAUGUAGUGAAAUGUUCUAAAUGAUUCAUUUACGUGUAUAUAUAUAUAUGUAUUUCUAUUAUUUCUGUCAGUAUCAUUAAUCACCUACACAGCAUUGAAUGUCAACAGAAUAUAGCCUUACUUGAGGUGUGCUUUUCAAGUAUCUCUAGGUUUUCUGAAGCAAUAUAAAUGUAAAAUGUAUACAGUAAAAGUGCUCAAUCAUAUUUGUAUAUAUUACCCAACUAUAUAUGUAA